GCACUCCAUUUGGCGAUUAUAGGCAAACACGAGUCGGUCAUAGAAGUGAUACUCAGCCAAAACAACAAGUCUUCCUCCAUGAAGGGCGACGUGGGAUCAGCUCUACUGAUGCCUAAUCUCAACCUCAAGAACUCAAAAGAUCAGACGCCUCUGUCGCUGGCCAUACAGUCUGGUCUCCACAUAACGGCACAGAUGUUGAUCAACGCCGGCGCCAGUGUUAACAUUAUUGACGCCAACGGACUCUCACUUCUUCAUCAGUCAAUCAUCGAUGGCGACGAAACGAACGCCAUAUUCCUAUUAAAUCACGGCUCAGACAUCACUGUUAAGAUACCGGAUGGCGAGUCGUGUCUUCAGUUGGCGGUUAAGUAUCACUUGGAAGCAGUGGUGGACGAGUUGUGUGCCAAAGGAUCCGAUGUGAAUGUUGUGGACAAAGAGGGCAAUUGUCUUCUUUGGCUCGCAUUGCAGUUGGAGAACGAGAACAUCGCCUCAACUCUUGUACGCUAUCAGUGCGACACAGACUACUGGGCCCCCGCCGAAGAUGGUCUCUAUCAGACACUACUGCACCGGGCGUUGGAUGAGAACAACGAGAAGGCCGCCUGUUUCCUCAUUAGGUGCGGUUGUGAUAUCAAUGCCACCCGAAAGCCCGGCCCUAACGCAACCGGACAGGACGAUGUGGACAAACAGACACCGUUACAUUUGGCGUCGGGUUGGGGUCUGGAGGCAGUAGUGUACACAUUGUUAGAGCACUUGGCGAACGUGAACGCACAGGACGUUGAGGGCAAGACUGCUCUCAUGAUAGCGAUUGUCAAUCAGCACCAGAAGAUUAUUGGACUGCUGUUGGAGUGCAAGCAAUUAGAUCUGUCGUUAAGGGAUAUCACGGGUAACACCGCGUUCUCCCUGUGCGUGAAGUAUAAGAACAAUAGGGCCGCCCUUUCCAUACUCAUCAAAGACCCGACCGCUGCUGACAAGUACGACGGGAAGGGCAGGAAUUAUCUGCACAUCGCUGUCGAAAAGAAGGACAUCGAGAGCGUACUCUUUUUGCUCAGUAUUAAAGUCAAAGUUCACUCACGAGUUAGAGAUAAUACACAGAAGAGUGCCCUCCAUUUGGCCGCAGAGGCCGGCAAUGAGAUGAUCGUCAGAAACCUGUUGUUAGCGGAGGCGCCCAUCGGUGACGUGACGUCUGCUAAACAAACCGCCUUACAUUUGGCCGCAGAGCAUGACUUCAGUGCCAUUUGUUCCAUACUUCUGGAGAAUGGCAUCGAUUACGACGCGGUCGACAUCAACGGCAAUAACGCACUACACAUCGCGUGCCAAAAGGGACAGUUAGCUACAUGUAAAGUAUUGCUAUCGGAGUCCAGUAUAACUGCCGAUACCAUCAACAUCAAGAGCCAGAAUCCGAUCCAUUUGUUGGCCACAUUUGGUCGCGAGAACGCGGCCGCCAUUUUCGAUAUAUUCAUUGAGUCUAUGCCUAAAUAUCCCAUUAAUACAGUCGAUGGGACCGGCAAUACACCACUGCUUUUGGGUGAGUCCGUAGAGAAUCCUUAUAUGAACGGGAACGGCAACCUGUGCCGGGGGCUCAUCAAAGCGGGCGCAGUGUUGGGCACCUGUAAUAAUGAUGGCGUAAACAUAUUCAACCACUCGGUGGCCACGAAAAACCUAUUGUAUCGGUUACUGGACUUUUUGCCGGCUGAGCCCCCGUGGACUGCGGCCGAGGCGUGUCUGGAGUGUGGCCUCAAGUUCAGUCUGACCACCCGUAAGCACCACUGCCGCCAUUGUGGGCGAGUUCUGUGCAGCCGGUGCUCCGGUAAGGAUUUGCCUAUUUUGAAGUUCAAUCAAACAAAACCUGUCAGAGUAUGUGAAGUGUGUUUCGAUGUCUUAACACUUGGUUUCAAUACAUAGAAAUCAAUUGCAAUACAAAUUAUAUAUGAAAACCC